GCAGAGAGGCAGUGUGUGUGGUUGGUGGUGGUUAGUAGUGCUGCUGAUGGUGGCUUGCAAAUACUACCUCGGUCAAGUUUGCUGAGCUAAGCGCCGGCCCGCCUGCCAGCCUGUAUAUCCCUUGAACACUGGGGGGAGUUUGGGCUUGGAAGAACGACGAAGAGAGGGGGGGAGCAGGCGACGGUGCUGGUGCUGGUGGGGAGGAGGGGAGGAUAAAGGGGGAGUGAAAUAAGAGAGAGAGAGAAAAAAAGCCACCCGUGCUGACACUCGGCGAGACGCAGCGUGGGCGCACAGAGCACGCGGAGCGGUGGUCGACAGAGGCGGGCGACGUAGACGGACAGCGCGUAUCCACGUCCCGUAGCGUUUCAAGUCGGCGCUGUGUUCCUACGCCGGGGGGGGGGGGGCUUUUUAGCAAUCGACUGUCGGGCGGAGAAGCUUCUUUGUGCUCCUACCAAAGACAGGUUUCUUCACAUCACCAGCUGUAUACAGUGCAAUCGGGAGAGUGGGAGGGGGAGAGACUGUGUGCGUGUAUCUGUCGGAUAACCUCCAACAGCGCACGGCAGCCGUAGCCCCAAAGAGACGAGCGGGGGGAACCCUUUUACUCUUAAUUUGCUACAAAGCUCUCGCAAGAAGCAAGGCAAGCGGCAAGAAGCAAGCGGCAAAGCGAGCCCAGUCCGUCACUCCCGACUCCGCAGCGCGGCACACGGCACGAGGGGGGCCGAUCUCGCUCCACUUGCAUUCGUCCAGGUCGCGGUUUUUAAAAAAAAAAUCAUUGCGGGGUUCCAAAUGAUGGACGAGCAAGGUCGACUCUUGCAGAGCCACAUCGGCGUGGGCAUGGGCGCCUUGUCGGGCGCCGUGGGCAUGGGUCACCCGCACAUGGGACCUCCGGAUGGGGUGGACGGUGGAGGAUCCGGAGGCGGUAAACAGGACAUCGGAGACAUCCUGCAACAGAUCAUGACCAUCACGGACCAGAGCUUAGACGAAGCCCAAGCCAGGUGGUGCUCGAUUUAUCAACCCCGGAGCGAUGAUGAUGAUGAUGGGCUGAGUCGACCCGCGCGACCGAGAAAACACGCGCUCAACUGCCAUCGGAUGAAGCCCGCGUUGUUCAGCGUGCUGUGCGAAAUUAAAGAAAAGACAGUGCUCAGUAUCCGGGGGGCUCAGGACGACGACCCACCGGACCCCCAGCUCAUGCGUCUUGACAACAUGCUGCUGGCUGAGGGGGUGGCGGGUCCCGAGAAGGGCGGGGGAUCUGCGGCGGCCGCGGCGGCCGCGGCGGUGGCCGGCGGCGCCAACGCCGACAACUCGGCGGAGCACUCGGACUACCGCGCCAAGCUCGCCCAGAUCCGGCAGAUCUACCACACGGAGCUGGAGAAGUACGAGCAGGCGUGCAACGAGUUCACGACGCACGUCAUGAACCUGCUGCGGGAGCAGAGCCGCACGCGGCCCAUCUCGCCCAAGGAGAUCGAGCGUAUGGUGGGCAUCAUCCACCGCAAGUUCAGCUCCAUCCAGAUGCAGCUCAAGCAGAGCACCUGCGAGGCCGUCAUGAUCCUGCGCUCUCGGUUCCUCGACGCACGACGCAAGCGUCGCAACUUCAGCAAGCAGGCGACAGAGAUUCUCAACGAGUACUUCUACUCGCACCUGAGCAACCCCUACCCCAGCGAGGAGGCCAAGGAGGAGCUGGCGAAAAAAUGCGGCAUCACUGUCUCGCAGGUGUCAAACUGGUUUGGGAACAAGCGGAUCCGCUACAAGAAAAACAUCGGUAAGUUCCAGGAGGAGGCGAACAUCUACGCGGCACGGACCGCCGUUUCGGCCACCAGCAGCGUGCACCACGGGAGCCAGGCCAACUCGCCCAACACCCCCACCUCCGCUGGCUCCUCUGGCUCGUUCUCCAUGCCAAACCCGAGCGAUAUGUUCCUGGGCAUCCCGGGUAUGAAUGGAGACUCGUACAGCUCGUCCGGGGUGACUCCCAACAUCCAGUCGCAGGUGGAUUCCCUGCGCCACGUCAUGAGCCAAUCGAGCGCCUAUGGGGACGGUAUGGCAGCCAAUCAGCUCUACAGCCCCCCGGCCAUGAGCGCUAACGGCGGCUGGCAGGAUGCAACCACCCCUUCCUCCGUCACGUCUCCCACCGAGGGGCCGGGCAGCGUGCAUUCCGACACCUCCAACUGAUGCACUCGCCUCGCAACCCCCCAAACCCACCUCCCCCCCCCCCCCGCCUCGCCCCUUGGUCCCCCACCGCCCUCACCCCCCCCCUCCCACCCUCCGCCCCUCCACUGCCCUGCCAGUGCGCACCACUGAGGAGCCCCCCCCCUCCUCCGCUCCACCCCUCCCCUAUUUCUCGUGGUGCAUCUUUCAAGGUCAAAGGUCAACGUCUCCGUUGGAGCGUCUCUUCCCACACGCUCGAAUAACCGAGUGUUGUGGGCGGCGGGGGGGGGGGGGCGCGUGUUGUCGUUGAUGGCGCAUGAGCCGGUGGGGAUGUUCCACAUUCCUAUGAUGGGGACCAGUCUCUCUCUGCAUAGGAUAACCACUUCUCGCAAUUUCGUCGCUAAUUUUAUCGACUCGGGAGAGGCGAUGGCCCAAGAUUGGAACUCGCAACAUUUCGAUUGUCAGGCCCUAUCCACCACACGAUACCGAAAUUCGAUUUUUGUUGUUGUUGCGAAACGUCUUCGUUUUGCGAGCAGCAAAAAAAAAACCCCUCUUGGGUCUCGCCCAUUGGCCGAUUUGAACGUUUGUACUUGGCGUGGCCCUCCCCCUUAGGUCGACUCAGCCUAAAAUGAGAACCCGACGCAGAUCGUGGGCGCGCUCUGCUCCCUCGCAGAAAUCCCAAGUAAGAGGCAUCUGCGAGCAGGGGAGGCGGGUAAUGUAAAUGUCAUCGCACAUUUGUGCAAAUGUGAAGCUCAAAGCUGAUCGCUAUCAAGAUUACAAAUAAAGAAAUCACAAUUAUACAGUACGGUAUAAUAUAUUAAAUAAUAGCCUAGACCGUGAAACCUCAAGGGCCCCCCCCCCGAACCAUCGUUCACUUCUUUUCAGAGUUAGGGCUCCCAGGUUUUGAGCGUCCCCCGCGAGAGGACUCGUUUGUAAAAUCUUCCUUUCGACGAACCGAGUUGCGUUUUUCCAAAAUCCAUUUUUUCGUCUCGCGCGUCGGCGGGGAGAAGCCUCCAGCUCGUCUCUCUCACCACGCCGGGAGGAUGGGGGUGGGGGGGGGUGGACAACGGCUGACAACGCCGACGGAGCGCCGGAUAAAGGCCCGGCGGGAUCGCUCGGCCUUCGGCAGAGCCAGCAGCGGCAGGAGGGGCUGAGAGAGCCAUUUGCCGAGCUCCGGUAAAAGUGUGCCAAUCUCACCGCACCCCCCGUGUCCCCCGCCCCCACCACCCGCGGGUCUGUUCCGAAUGGCGCCACGUUAAUUUCACCGCGACUUCACGUCGCGUCCGCUAUCAGCGGACAGGACGAAGGGAAGUUGCCGAACAACGUUUUCAUCUGGCUCUCUCUCUCUCUCUGCAAAGUUUUGUCAUUUCCAAGCACGACGUUUUCGGUGAAAGUUAUCGCAAAAUGAACCGCGGGACUUCCACGCGGAGCGGUAACUGUUAGAACCAUCACACAGCUUGCGGAGAGUUUAACACGCUUUGAAUGAAGUUUAAUAGGUGACACGCAAUGCGCUGCGGGAAGUCUUCUUGCAAGUGUGAGGUCCAAUAAGCCAGGUAGACGUAACGCAAUUUGGAUAACCGUUCAAACAGAUGCAAUUAAUUCAGCCAAUUAUCAAAACUCCUCGUCGUGCAUCCGCAUUCACGUGCAUGGAACCUCAUGCACUUAGCAAGAGGUGUUUUUCGGCUAUGAAAAGAAAUCUCCGAGAGAGAGCGAGAGCGAGCGAGCUGGUGACGAAGCAUCGCGCUCCCGUGCCCGUCCGAACCGUUGCGCGCUAGCGAUGUCGAUCGCGCGGGACGGGAGGACGCUGCGUCCGUCGAUGAAAACAUGGGUCCUGUAAAACAAUCAAGCAACCGCACGCAGCCGGAGCGGCUUCCACAAGGCAGAGCGACUUGACCGAGACGAGGAGUGAGAGGAAGUGGGGGGGAGGUGAAGGUGGGAGGGGAGGGGGGAGCUGUCCCUGGUACCUUAAGCGCGUUUCGCGAAUCCGCGGUUCCCCAAGUCCGUUUCCGACCGUCGCUCUUGGCGGUCGGCGCGGGGCAGACCGCCCAAAACCGAGGCCGAGAAACACAAAGUGAAGGUCGAGGGGUGGUGUGUGUGUGGGAGGGGGGGCGGUGAACGUCUUGGCUCCAGGUUCGGUUGCCAGCUGGGCGGUUUCGCGCCGACGACGCUCAAGAUUGCGAUCGAUCAGAGCCGUGCCGACCUCCGGUUCGGAAUGCGGAACAUCACGCGGGCUUCGAGGUGAACUCGUUUCCGAGUUGCACCGAUGGGGCGUUUCCCCCCCCCCCUCUUGGCCACGGCCGCUGGGGGGGGGGGAUUUCCACCUCGGUGGAGAGGGACGAUGCCAACUCGUCAUCGGUUACAAAGAGCAUCUGCCCAGCUGCCUCCGUGCGCCAUCAAGUCCGUGACCUCAAGCGUGGCGACGCUCGCGCACUGUUGCGUCGAAGCUCCUGGAAGUGAAUGGUGUGUUACUUGUCCUCGGAUUGCUGACGUGUGUUCGGUGAUAACUGUCGUCACAAUUACGUCUGUGUCUGCACGUGCAUUCGUUUGUUGGGCAUGCACACGGGUUUCGAUCUCAAAUGUAGUCGGAUACAUUGAGUGUCUUAGAGGAGUGUUGCCGUUACCUAAAGCUUCUGUUCUACUCCAAUGAGGAAGGAAGGGCUCAUUACCUUUUUGUUUUAAACACAUCGUAACUUCAACAACAACAACGGUGAAUAUAUUCAAGACGAAACGAGAUUUUUGUUUUAGGUCGCGAUCCUUCAUCUGCGUUUGUUUCCAAUUAAACCCCAACCCCCCAAAAAAACACCAAAUCCCUCUUUCAUGUACGGACACCCGCAGCUGCAGAAACAAACCCAGAGAGAGGAGGACCCCGUGGCCACGGCCCGAUGGAAUGGACAAGAAUCGCGGUCGCAGCACCGGAGGACAGAAUUCGCGAGUGGUGCACGUCAACAACUGGCCAGUUGUCGUCCUGUGGGCGUUGUUGUGCUGCGUGCGCGCGCUCCGCGGCCGGAGGAGGCGGCGGUGGUGGUGGCGGUGGUGGUGGUGGUGGCGGUGGUGGUGGUCGUGAGUUGGGUUGAUGUCUCUGCUCGUCGUCGUCGUCGUCGCGCAUUUCGUUUUGCGCUCCUCCCAAGAAGCCGGAGACGCUCCCAGAGUGGGUUGGGGAGACGAAGCAGAACGCGGAAUCGGUCUCUGAUGGGACGAACGCGCCCGCGUCCGCAACUAAAUCUGUUGGGGGGGGGGGGGGGGAGCCCCCGAAGCGGGUUCCGAGCGGGUUCCGAGCGGGUUUGUGGAUGACCAUUUUCAGAGAAUGAAACAAAAACAGGGUGUGUGAUGGGGUCGACGGGGUCCAGAGGGUCCCAGGGUUUUUGGGAGGGGGAGAAGACACGGCCGCGUCUCCGCCGCUAACGAACGACGCUGAGCGGCAUUCGAAGAAUGGGGAUUUGGCUUCUUUCAGGUAAAUGUAAAUAGCGUAGACGCACGCACGCCGCCUCUGACGACGGCCGUUCGGAACGGCGCACAGCGGGCGCGGUGCAGAACACUCCUGACGGGCAGCCCCCCCCCUCCCCCCCAUCGGGCAGAGCGUCGCCGCUUGCUGUCCGAGGGACUCCCGAGGGAGCCGAAUUCAUCGCCGCGUCGAUCGAUCCCUCGCGGUGCGGCUGAAGGGGGGUGGUGGUGGAGUGGCGGGUGUGGGGAGGGAAUCUCCCAUCGGUCCGCACGAGCAUCUUUGUCGGCCUCGUCUCACGGCGCGCCCGCGACACGGGCCGUGCUGCCGCACGCGGAGUUUGAUGGGCCCGGGGCUGUUCGUCGGAAGCUUAAAGUCACAGCCGACGGUCGCGCGUUAAAACUCCCCAGUUCCCGUGCCCCCCCCCCCCUCCGCCCACCUCCUGCUAAACCCCGGACUUCUUGGUCGUCGCUUGUGUAGAAAAAAACCGAUUCCGAUGAACACCGUCGCAUGUGAAACCUGUUUGGCUCGCGGUCGUUUUUUUCCCCGUCUCUCUCCAUCUCCUCUCUCUCGAUCUCCUCUCUCUUCCCCGCGCUUAAAGCUCUCUCCUCUCUCUCUUCUCUCUCUCUCUCUCCCGGUUUUUAUGGCUCCACGUGUCGAGCGGCCGAGCGUUGUUGUGCCGAUCGAGCCGGGGGGGGGUGGUGGGGGAGACGCGGGCCUACCCCCCCCCCCCUCUUGUGAAGUUUUUGGGGUUUUUGUUUGUCUCUCUCUCUCUUCCUCAUCUGCAUGGGGGUCUUGAUGGGGGUCUUGAUGCGCGCGUGCCGGCACCGUUCCCUAUCCACGGGGCCGUCGGCGCGACCUCUGCCGAAAAAAAUAUCGGGCAUCACUUUCUCGCUUCCUUAGUGCCCUGUGCUGUAACGUUUCAUCAAUUUAACAUAGCAGCAAUUAUACCUCACGCGACUUAAUCUUAGAACCAAUGGUCAUUGAAAAAUAAGUUUAAAAAAAAAUCAGUAAAAUAAGAUGAUGAUGAUGAUAAUAAUAUUAAAGGUCAGUCCUCCUCUGUCUUUUACAAAUGCUGAUACUUACUACCUCUUUGCAACAAUAUCUGGACAUCGGUUUAACAACUCCUCCAAACAGCGCGGCAAGGUAUAGCUUUAAUGUACACGCAACACUGCUGAGUGGUUUUUUUCCUCGUAUCUGUUUCACGUCUCUCUCUCUCUUCUCUCUCUCUCUGUCACGACUAAUCAGGGUUACAGCUGAGGUGACUUAAAUGAGCGAUUUGGGAGACUCAUCUCGGGCGUGACUUUGCGGACGUGCGGUAGUUUAACCUCCCACCCCGCGCGAGGCCCUGGUCUUUCCCCCUUUUCUCUCAAAAAAACUUUGUAUGUACUGUACGUUGAACUUCUUUCGCGGGCAGGGGUGGGUGGGGGGAGUAGGGAAGGACAACAAACUUAAGUACACAACAAAAAUAAGUUCUAAAGAAACGAGUUUGUCAAUGUUGACUUAAGAGUGCAGAAAUUCCAGCGACUUCUUAAUAUCGCAAGGAAGAGCGUUCCAGACGGCCGCAGAAGCGCCGUGAACGCAAAUGCUAAAGGCGUGGGUGGCGGGGGGGGGCUUGCUUCUAUCCCCGGAGAACUGUGGCAUUCCAAAUCACGUCGCACGCAACUGUGCUGUAACGUAUUCUUAGGUUUUUUCGGUAAAGUCACGUAGGUAAAAAUUUUAAAUUAAUAAAAGUAAAAUUAAAAUAAAAUAAAAAAUCACGACGUUUCAGAGGCAACACAAGUUUCCGUUUUCAGGUGGAACCGUCACAGCACGAUAGCUGUAUCAAGUGAUACAGCUAUCGUGCGGAAGCUUGUGUUGCCUCCGAAACGUCGUGGUUUUAAAAAAAAAAAAUUAUUUUACUUUUAUUAAUUGCUAUUUUUUUACCUACGUGACUUUACCGAAAAAACCUAAGAUGAAUCCUUGCAAGUCACGAAAGCUUCAAAUCUAUAAUGUGCUGUAACGCUUGGGUGGAAGCUCGCCAUCUCUCGUGGGACUUGAUGCCGUCUUUAUACGCCACGUGAGAACUUGUUUUUCAAGGCCAGCGUUUCUAAGAAUGAGGCUCAAAGAGUUAAUUCACCUUUGAGGGCAAAACGCCCCGGGCAUUAGGCCUCGGUUCAGGCACCGCGCGUGUGAGGCCUGGGCUCAGACUUUGUGUAACAAGGCCAAAGUAAGACCAAGACUGAUGCCAAAUGGUGCAACGAUAAAGCCUCGAGAAUUCAGGCCAAAGGCAACAAACGUCCAUCGUGGUUGUAACAUCUCAUCAGCUCAACUCAAGCCUUUACCAGCGACAUCGAAUCAAAGGGCUAAGCCCUGGCUACUCUCUUUAGCCUUGAAACACAAGUCUUCUCAAGAGCUGUGGUGGUGUUGGAUCACUUGUUGGACUUUAUUAUCAUCUUUGUUUUUUUAAAUAUUUUUCUUUUUACUCAAAGUGAACAAAUUAAACCUUUUUUCUGAUUGCACCCCCUCGCGACAUUAAUCACACACCCGCCCCUUCACGUGUGUUGACUUCCCCUUCAAUCCACACCAUUUUGCAUUCGUGUUGCCUGCGGUGUUACGGACGGAGGGAUGGUUGUUGUGAUGUUUACGGACUCUUUUCCUGUGUUCCGAGUUCCACUUUGCGGGGAAAACUCAUGAUGGGGGGGGGGGGGGGGUGCAAGGCAAUUUCCACCGAAAUUUUGUGUGGAAAUAAUUCGAACGAACGGGAACUAUCGACGCUGUGUUCCGUUUCCCAUGUAAAUAUUGGUGGAAACUGCAUUUCGGCCAACGUACGAGUGUAUUCUUGUUUUCAAAGAGUGAUGUUUUAAGACCCGCUUUGCUCAGUUGGUGCACUGUCUAUCAACGGUUAUGGGAUCAGUUCGUUGAGGAUUGAGUCUCAAUACUACACAGCCAAACUUGAGAGUGACCCAGAAAGUAUAUUCGGGAGAAUAUAAUUCCAAUCGGAUAUUUAUUUACAGUCUACUUUUGUGCGCGGUAGAUUCACGAAGCCUUGAAGGGUGUGUGGACGAUUUUUCCCCAAUUUGAUUUACAAGCUGGAAGCAUGCGACCAAUUUGAGGUAAUAAGAAUCAACAAACACUUUUGCGGGAUAUUUUAGUGCGGGAUAUUUUAGUACUGCAUUCGUAUAAAUUGACACCCCCCCCCCCCCCAAGGCUAAGGGAACAUAAAUAAAUAAACGUUGACUCCUUUGGAAAACUACGUCGUGCUCUGUUAACAAACUCAGAGGCGUUUCGAUGCUAAGUAGACAAUUCCACCGGACCUGAUCUCUUACGAUGAUGAGAUAUUUAAUAAGUAUAACCCGUAAAAACAAAGUUUUUCACUAUAAAUCCUUUAUAUGCGUGGCGGCUAGAGUCAUCUCGUUCUCUGGCUUGAGAUGGCUGCCACCUAUGGGUCAGAUGAUUGUCUGCCAGUAUUAAGCAAUUGGUAAUUAAAUAUUUAAUUUGUUUUCCCUAAACAGUGUAAAAUUUUGGAAAAAAAUUUUCACAAACAUUAAUUGUGCAAAAUGCCAGCUCGAUUGGAUCGCGGGAAGUGGGUUAAAAAACGACCAAAAGAUUUGGACGGUCGUAAGCAAGCAAGCACGCAAGCAAGCAAGCGAACUUAAUAUAAAGGAUUAAAAAAUGUGGCCUGUUAGAAAAGGGCGUGUGACUCCCGGAGUGGUUAUAUCACAAACAAAGCUAAGGUCAGAUUAUAGUCCUGCACGUGCAGUGGACAGCCCAAGACAAACACGGCUCAAUCCUCUCCUUGUCACUCGUAGUGUCGUUCCAAUUGCUCAACUAAUUUCUCAACUUAUAAGCGACGUUUCAUGCAUUUGAAAUAAAUCAACGAGAGUUUCCCUGCUCAAAAGAGCGUGCAGUUCAAAGCUCAUUUCUAUUCAUGGAUGUGAACCGGUGGUGGAAACUCCAUAUUUUCAUGCCCAGGGGUGAGUCUGUCCAUUGAUCGUCCAUUGUUGAUCUCCCCACGAAAAAUGGUCCUCAAUUUUCCGAUUCCCCCAGGGGCACGUUCUGCCAAGUUGACCCUCGGCCAGGAUUUGAACGUUGUUAGUCCUUGAAUUGCGAUUUGGGACCAUCUUGCGUCGGCGCCACUCUCGCAGGUAGUUCAUUUCAUUGCCGUUCUUCAAUGUUUUUACAGCCCUUGCACACGCUGACCAAAGCUGUUCUCUUUCUCUCUCUGGCAUAGAACGUCAGCUCGUUUCCUCCCCCGCCCCCGACCCACCCCCCCGCCCUUUGAACCGCCAUCCCAUUAGGGUCUCGUUUUCAGAACGGUUGCUCGGCGGGUUAAUUGGUGGUAACGGUGCAUGCGCCCAUACAAUCGGGCCACGUUUCGUAAAAAAAAAUAAAAAAAAUCCUACGCCGGACCACCCGUGCCAAAGGUUUGGGAGUCAUGAGUUGGCAAUUAUCUGCCGCUGUCCAGCAUAUCACCAAGUCAUCGUUAUUCUUGUCUGUUCACCAUCUAUUUUUAACAGCGCAUCCGACGCGCGGUGUCUCUAUUUCGUGACGGCCGCGACGGUGGCGUGAAGCUCUCGGCGGGGAAGGGAAGGGGAGGGGGGGUCCGACCCGGCGCUCGCUUUGUCGACCGCGUCGUGCACGGCAGGCGUCGAAAGCCUCGUUUCCAAACGCGCGCGCCGGAUCGCGUGUCGUCUCGAGCCGCGGCUCGCCACGGCACCCCCCCCCCCCCCCCGGCGCACCUCUGAAAAUGCCGAAUGUCGGCAUAGAGACCGCCAGCAACAUCUGCAGCGGGCAGCAGCAGCAGCACACCGCGUCUAACAUCUCUCGGCUGAUUUGUAGCGGUUGGAAAGGGAGCGUGGCGAGUUGGCGAUCGCACGUUCCCUCACCCCUGCACCCCGGUUUCCUGAAUUUAAACGUUUGGACCCCGGAGAUAAUUUUCCAUUCGUCCGCGUGCUCGUGGUGGCUUUAAACUGGAACCCCCCAGCGAUGCCCCCGUGACGUUCAGAAACGACCGUCGUGGCACCGUGCGGAGCGAGGGACGUUGGGACGCUGCGUGGCAAUGUCGCGGUGUGGCGGCUUCGUGAAUUCACGAAUUGGCCCCCUGAAUGAAGAAGAAGAAAAAUGAUAUCGAAUCCGCCGCCUUUAAAAGGAGAGGUGAGACGAUGCGAUGGUGAAGAUGGCUCGCUUCUUGUAUCGUGGACAAUGUGGGCUGAUGCUGCUCGGCUUGUCGCGGAAACCAGGCUUUAGGAAACCGGCUCGCUGGGGUGAGGAACAGGAAUGAAUGUGGGGAUGAAGGGAGGUUAACGGAAAAAAGGAUUUAUGGGCCUUGGGAGGAAAGAAAAACUGCACCUAAAUCCACACACGCCCCCCAAAAUGUAUAUAACCGGUACUAUAACCAUUAGGGUGACGGAAACGAAAGUAAAGGAAACAAAAAAUAUCAUUGCGUUUGAUAGAGCCUUUUUUAUGGAUGAAAUCUUGCGCAAAAAAAAAAACAAAAAAAGUAUAAUUAGGAAUCAUUGUGUCGUCUUUCACUGCUUAUUGUAUAGUGGACUCUGUGUUAUGACACGGUUACACUUGUUGCUGGUUGAGUUAUUUUUUUCUUCUCUCGCUCUCUCCUUUGUUUUUGUAUUGCAGAAACAUUGACUUAAAAAAAUGAUUUAAAAAAAAAUACAAAAAAAAUAUUGAUAUUGACCAGGCAAAAAAAAAAUCACGGCACAAAGGUUUCACUCGGCAGAGUUUCCUUUUUUGGGGGGGGGGGGGGGCUUAUUCACGCACGCGUCCACACCGACCCGGUGUUACCACUCACUCGUCGCUGUGACCGUUUAAAGAAAAUAAGACAAAACGGAGUUUAAACAAAAAAGGUUUUUUCUUUUCUUCCGAUGGAUCAGAAUAAUCCGUCUCACACCUACGGUAUUCAUCAGAUGAAUGAACAAGAGAUCAUACUUUUUUACUUAACUUUAAACAACAGAUUUUUAAAAAUGUAAAAGUUAAGGCAUUUUUUUGUUCUUAUCGUUUUUAUUUUUCAUUGGGAUUUUUUUUGGUUUGUUACAAGGGUCCGGUAUAUAAUUAUAGUACUGACCUUGCGAUAACUGAAAAAAAUAUAUAAUUGUGUACAUUUUUGUUGUUUAGUUAGAACUUAAUAAAAAUAAUGAAAAAAAAAUUCUGUAAUGCUAGUGCAUAAAACCUUGUAGGUAUCCACAAACAUAAUGCAAUACCAAAUACUUAGGCAUAGGCUCUUGUUCAAGGCAUACGACUUGUUGAAUUAAAAGAUCUUUAUAUACGUUGGGACUCCCAUUUUUUUUGUUUACUGUGGAUUUAUUUUUGUCUCGCGCCUUUUAACUGACAUUUUUUUCUCCUUGUGUAUAUUUUAAACGAGUUGUACAAGCGUGCGGAGUAAAAUGUAACCGCUGA